GCUUUGGCGACGCGUCUUAUCCAUCCAAUUCAACUCAAUUCAAUUCAUUGCUUUGCUAUUCAACUUCUCGCACCCCUCCAAUUCGCUAUACAAAGGACUUUAACCCUCGAAGCUAGGACCUUAUUUUCUACUGCCAACCUCCAUUUUUUUGUCAUUCGCCCACUCCCUCCCUAUUUAUUACCACCAUUGACCAUUGGAUUAAGAUCUGUUAAAGACGAAUUAUGAUCAAAUAAAAUCCACCAAAAUAUUACCACCAUGCCCCUCCAGAAAUCCUUCUCGGAACAGAAUGGCUCUUCUAAAACCCGCCAGCAAUGGAGCAAAGCCAGAAGCCAUUCAACCGUAAGCCAUUCAACCGCUACUCGAGCCACGCGAAAUCCGGUCUCUGAACCACUUCAGCCCAUUUCCGAAGUCACCAAGAAUAAACUCAAUGCCUUCAAGCGUUCAAAUCUAACCAAAACCGAUGGUCAGGAGGCCGACGUAUCUACUGUUUGCGUCGAAACAGCUCCGAACGCUGGCACUGGCUCAACAAUUCACGUUGAGGAGACAGCCAGCCUUCCCGCACCUAAAAAAGGUGCGACUACACCCGUGAAUCGGUUAGUAUGGCAGGAUCUUGUUGGAACGGUCGAAGCCGAGGAGGAAGAGGAGGGUUCUCCUAAUGAGAGGAUUGGCUGGGAUACAAAAGAAGAUAUACAGCACCGGCUAAAGCUGUCUCCAGUAAUGCCAGGCAAGAGAGGGAAGAAGCGAGCACGGAGUUCGUCGCCCGUAUCGUCACCCGCGUCCCACUCGAAACCUCGUGUCCCAGCUGUAAACGUCGAAAAAUUGUCGCGAGCGCUUAAGUCCCCUCACGCCGACCCUGCACUGGAACUGUGGGAUCGAUUCUCUCUUAAUGGAUCCACGACUGUCGCACCGCUUGGGGCUAUGAAUUCCACCUUGGCCCAAAUCAUGGUCUCAUCGUCACCUCGACCAUCGAGGAUAGCAGGCGAGGGUGGACUACGAAGAGCCAUCAGCUGCGGGGAGAACUGGCCCAAACGUCGAAGGGUUGAACGGGCAGAAGCCGCAAAGCCAGUGGAAAUCACUGUCGAAGAGAGUCCGAGUCGUAGCUCGAAAUCAUCCAUGGUUAACGCCUUGCUGCAAAGUGUGACGGGGGAACUCAACAGAUCAAAGGCGAUUCAGGCUCGUCAAGACGCGCUAGAGUCCCCUUCGCGCAAGAAAAAGUCUUCUCAGCCGGUAGCACAGAUUCCCAGUUCGCCUACCAGACGAAAGACCUCUUCGAGGCCUUCCCCUCCGAUAUUCGCUGCAAAAAGUAUGCCAAUAGCGGAAGUUUUGGAGCCAGAAGAAACGUUGGUGGGCAAUUCAUCGGAUUACGGAGACGACGAUUUUGAUGAUGAUACACUUAUGGAACUCGGUGCCAGUAUAGGACAGUCGUGCGGGGAGCCCGUAAAAGAAUCAGUGGCACCACUAGCAGAUACCGGACAAGCUCAAGAUCAGCAGCCUAGCCGAGAGUCCGAGUCAUUCGACGAUGAGUUCAAUGAUAUGGACGACGACAUAAUUGCUGCCGCUGAAGACUUGAUAACACAAAUUGACGAAACCCACACGCUAGUUCAACCUGGUAUUACUGCGCAGAAAAACUCAACCCCUACAUCUGAUGACCUUGCUGAGGACAUUUACGGCGAUGAUUUUGGGGGCGAUUUUGAUUUCGACGCUGCUGAAAUGGCUGCUACACAAUCCGCCUCCUCUAAGCAGAUGGAUGGAUCGUUACCUGUACGUGGGCGAUAAUAGGGGUGAAUUGAAUUUGGUUGCUAAGAAUAUCUGUAGGUAGCCAAUAAGCCCAAGACAAUUCAGAGAUACCUGGUAACAAAG